CCUCACCUUGGCCUGUAAUCUACAUAGGACAGUGGCCUGGUCACAGGGGCCCGUGUGGGAAGGUUGGGAAGUUAAAGAACACUCUGGCCUCCUCCAUCAUGUCGGCCAAGAGGGUGGAACUGAAGAAGUCAAGCCUGAACAAGGACUACAGGGCCGUGUGCCUGGAAUUGAAGCCCCAGCUGACCAAAGUAAGAAGCUUUUGUGAGGCCAUGCCGGCAGCCAGGCCUGAGACCCGUGGGGAGGUGACUUGGAGCCAGGGGUCAUUCGCUGUUCCUGGCAGCCGAGACCUGUCCCAGAGCUAUGACUACAAAGGACUUAAACAAGAAGGGCUGGUUGCCAAACCAGGAGGGACACAGGAGCUGAGGAAUGAACUCAGGGAGGUGAGGGAAGAGCUCAAGGAAAAAAUGGAUGAGAUCAAACAGAUAAAGGGUGUAAUGGACAAGGAUUUUGAUAAACUCCAGGAAUUCGUGGAGAUUAUGAAGGAAAUGCAGAAGGAUAUGGACGAGAAGAUGGAUGUUUUAAUAAAUAUACAAAAGGGCAGCAAGCUACCCCUUAGAAGAAGGCCAAAGGAGCCCCAGGAACUGAAGCUGACGGCAAAGACCGACACAGACCCACAGCUCCGGCUCAAGAAAAUGGAUGGAGUCGACGGCACACCACUUACUCUUCACAGGAGGAUGAUGGCACUUCAAAAACCCAAAAAGGACCCACUGGAUUCCCUUCAGCAAUGCGGGGCCUGCUGUGAAAAAUGUUUGUUGUGUGCCCAAAAGAACAACUACAAUCAAGGCAGAAAACUUCCGUGCCAUGCCUGGGCACCCUUUUCAUCAUUGGCAUCUGGAGCUGCUUUCUGAUGUAUCUGUGCUUCAAGUCCUUCAUCGGGGAAGAUGUGUUUCCAACCUAGAGCCACCGCAGAGCCCACCGGCGGCCCCGGGCCUUCCUCUCUGCUCCUUGAGCUGCGCGGUGAAGGCGUGCGGCCCCCUGACCACCCCGCCCCAGGCCUCCUCCCACCCGGAGAUUAAAACCUUCACUUUAAAGCCAAA